AUGAACAUCAAGCGACGUCACUCAUUCAUCGUGUCAGUCACUGCUGUCAGCCUCGUCUGUCUGUACUUUUACUUCUCUAGCAGUUCUUGGUCGAUUCCGACAGAAGUCAAAGGCCAAGUGACUUCUCAGAAGGAACCUGGUCCAUCUCCGGACCAAAAUAUUGUCUCCGAUGAAAGCAGACAGAAAGCACCUGUCACAAAGCCUACUUUAUUGUGGACGCGUCGUCCGACUAGAUAUCCGGUCCUAUCAAUGACACCGCUGCCCAUAGAAAAGCCACGGAAAUUGCCAAAAGUGCAGGCAGACUUUCCCGCGGAGACAGAUCCUCAAAAGGCGCAAGUUCGUACGCAACGUGAAAAGGCCGUGAAAGACGCCUUCACCCGAUGCUGGACUGCCUACAAGUCUCGCGCAUGGUUGGCCGACGAGGUGACGCCUUUUUCUGGAAUAACGCGCAACUGGUUUGGUGGAUGGGGAGCUACCCUCGUCGACAGCCUUGAUACUUUAUGGAUCAUGGGACUCCGCGAGGAAUUCGAGGAAGCCGUGUCGGCGGUCGUGCAGAUCAACUUUGAGACCACGUCCCUCAGCCAGAUUAAUACCUUUGAGACCAAUAUCCGAUACCUGGGCGGUCUGCUGGCGGCCUACGAUUUGAGUCUUGACAAACGCCUGCUAAGCAAAGCCGUCGAGGUCGGCGAAAUGCUCUACGCCGCGUUCGACACGCCUAAUCGCAUGCCCAUUACCCGGUGGGACUUUCGAAGCGCCGCUCGCAGUGAGGAACAGGUAGCGUCUGAGAGCGUGCUGGUAGCAGAGAUCGGAUCUUUCACGCUGGAAUUCACCCGGCUCUCGCAGAUCACCGGCGAUCCGAAGUGGUUUGAUGCUAUCCACCGCGUGAUGUCGAUCUUUUACCGACAGCAGGACCGGACGAAACUGCCGGGGAUGUGGCCUGUGGUCGUUAACGCGCGCGCGGAAGAUUUCACCCAGGACACGACCUAUACGCUGGGCGCUAUGGCGGAUUCAGUCUAUGAGUAUCUCCCUAAAAUGCAUGCGCUCGUCGGUGGCGUUCUCCCGAUGUAUGAAAGCAUGUAUCGCGAUGCUAUGGAUACUGCUAUUCAGUACAAUCUCUUCCGUCCAAUGACCCCUGACGAGGCUGAUAUCCUGCUUGCUGGAGCUGCGCGUAUUGUGAGCGAAGCCGGCCAGCCAAGCCGUGUCACUCUGGAGCCCAAGGGCGAGCAUUUGAUCUGUUUUGCUGGGGGGAUGAUGGCAUUGGGUGGACGACUGAUGCAGAACGACACUCAUAUCGAUCUAGGCCAGAAGCUGACUGAUGGCUGUGUCUGGACGUACAAAGCGCUGCCAUCAGGAAUCAUGCCAGAGGUCUUUCACAUGUCGCCUUGCGCAUCCCAAGCUUCUUGUCCAUGGGAUGAAGCGCAAUGGCAGAGGGAGGUGGUGAGUAGGGUGAAGGAUCCCCAGACUCAAACUGCCACGGACAUCAUCCACGAGCAGCGCCUUCCGAAGGGGUUUACUGCAAUCGCAGACCCGCGGUAUCUCCUGCGGCCGGAGGCUAUCGAGUCCGUCUUUAUAUUGUACCGGAUCACCGGACGAGAGGAUCUGCUCGAUGCGGGCUGGGCGAUGUUCGAGGCGAUUCAGAAAGCUACGGAGACGGACUUUGCCAACGCUGCUUUAUCAGACAUCACCGUUCCCCAGCCCCCUCAGACCGAUUCGAUGGAGAGCUUCUGGAUGGGAGAGACACUGAAGUACUUCUUUCUUCUCUUCAGCAGUCCCGAUCUAAUCAGUUUGGACGAAUAUGUGUUCAACACCGAGGCGCAUCCUUUGAAGAGGGCGAAAUGA